AUGCCAAAAUGUACAAAAGAACUUGUAAACCAAGAGCUUGACGCAUGGGCUUCUUCAGGAGUGACUGGUCAUUUCCGACAUAAAUAUAAUCGACCAUGGGUUUCAAUAGCAGAAACUGUUACAGAAAAAACUGCAGAAUUAGUUGGAGCCAAACCAAUUGAGAUUGCUAUAAUGAGCACACUUACAUCAAAUCUUCAUUUACUUAUGGCAUCAUUUUAUACUCCCACAAAAACACGUUUUAAAAUUAUGAUUGAAGAUAAAACAUUUCCAUCAGAUCAGGUAAACAUGGAAUCUCAGAUAAGAUUUCAUGGAUAUGAUCCAGCCACGGCGUUAAUUAAAGUAUCACCUCCAACUGGUGAAUAUUUUCCAAGCCUUGAUGAAAUUUUAAAAACGAUUGAACAAGAAGGUGAUAGUAUUGCUUUAGUAAUGUUUGGCGGAGUUCAAUAUUACACAGGUCAAUUUUUUAAAAUUAAAAAAAUCACACAAGUUGCCCAAAGAAAGGGAUGUAUAGUGGGAUUUGAUCUUGCACAUGCUGUUGGAAAUGUUGUUCUAAAACUUCAUAAAUGGAAAGUUGAUUUUGCAAGCUGGUCUACAUAUAAAUAUAUGAAUUCAGGUCCAGGUGGAAUUAGUUCCAUUUUCGUUCACGAGAAACAUGCUUAUGAUUUCGAUCGACCUAGAUUUGCAGGAUGGUGGGGUACUGAUCUGACAUCAAGAUUUCAAAUGGAUAAACGUAUGGUUUCAAAUCCUUCAGUCUUGAACGUAGUUUCAUUACUUGGCAGCUUGGAAGUUUUUUCAAAAACGAGUAUGGUGCAACUUCGUACCAAAUCUAUUUUACUCACAGGAUAUCUAGAAUAUCUUUUGGAUAAACAACUUGAUGAAAUUGGAUGCAAAAUAAUUACACCACGUGAUCCUCAUCAGAGAGGUUGUCAAUUAUCACUUAUUUUUGAUUCAGAAAGAGUACGUUCUAUUCAUAAAGAGUUAAUGACUUAUGGAAUAGUGGUUGAUAUAAGAGAACCAAAUUGUCUUAGAGUUGCUCCUGCACCUUUGUAUAAUACUUUUUCUGAAGUCUGGAAAUUUGUAAAAGCUUUAAAAAUGGCUGUUAAUGAUUUAGCAGUUAAGGAUGAUGGUGAAGUUGUUUCUCUUUAA